AUGGAUAGAGUACGCUCCCUUAUCGGCGGCCGGAGAAGGAACAACGAUGCCAGAAAUUCUCUACCAAGAAGAACUACAACCGCCUCUAAUCGUACACCAACUGUUCGUCACGUAAACAAUCCAAAUACUACUGAUGAUCAAAUGACGGUAUAUACAAUAUCAGAAACUUUAAAUGAUGCCAAUACGAUUACAGACCAAUCAGAUUCUGAGACCUUAAAUACUUAUGUCUCAGAAUCUGGUACUAUCGGUGAUAUGCAAAGAUUAGGGUAUGUUAAUAGAUCACCUCAAUUUGAUUCGAUACGUAAUAUAUGUUUCGUCUCAAUUUUACUAACAAAGGGAUUUUUUGCAUUUUCAAGUCAAGAAUCAUAUAAUCAAUAUUUACAAAAUAAAAGAAAAUUUGAUAAUGUGAACCCGCAAACAGGCUUAGGGGUACCUUUGUUUCAUGCAAUCCCAGUUAAUUUAAUGAAAUCGAUAUUUAGGACAAACAAAAGUGAACCAAUUAUGAAAAUCUUUAAAUAUGAGUUAGUUAAAUUAACUGACGAUAUCGAUGCCAUUUCAAAUAAUGCAAACGCUCAAAUUAUUUUGGAAUGCCCAACAUAUAAAAUUAUAAAGCAUUUAUUUUGUACGAUAUAUCGAGAGGAUAGUGUAAACCAAUCUAAAAGGAAGACAAAUUCCAUAAAGGAUUCCCAAUUAGACCAGGAAUCUAAAAUCAAACACACUUUAAAAUUUAAUGAUGGAUCUCAAGUAAAUAUGUUCAAUAUUAACGGUCGUAGAGAUAUCGACGCAUUGUUAGAUGGAUUACCCUUACGAUGGUUUGGAUUUUCCAGUUUUGCUUCCCCAUUUGGAUCAAAUGAUAUCAAACUACUCAUCCUGGACGAUAAUAUGCCAAAUUUAAUUGAAGACGAUAAUUCAGAAUCCAUAAAUCCUGAUUUAUCACGCCAAACUAACAGUACUAAUAACGUAAUAAGACCAUUAGGUUAUUUACCUGUAUGGGCAAAAUACAGCGAUGUAGGUGAUUCCUUACUACCUACGAGAAGAACAAUGCUCUUAGCAAAUCUAGAAAUAAAGGAAAUUGCAAAUGGUUUUCAAAAUCCUGGAGUAAUAAAAAUCCCAUACAAUACCCAAGUUCUAACUUGCAUGUGCAUGUUACUUCAUGAUUACGAAUCAAGAAAAGAGAGGCGACAUAAUAGUACACACGUUCCUGCAUAA